GAGAGAGGAAUUCAGCAACGAUGAGCUCCGGCGAGCCGGUGCAGCUGCUGGGCUCGUUCGGGAGCCCGUUCACGCACCGGGCCGAGGCGGCGCUCCGGCUGAAGGGAGUCCCCUACGAGUUCGUCCAGGAGGACCUCGACAACAAGAGUAACCAGCUGCUCGCCCACAACCCGGUCCACAAGAAGGUGCCCCUGCUCCUCCACGGCGGCCGUGCCGUCGCAGAGUCGCUCGUCAUCGUCGAAUACGUCGACGAGGCCUUCUCCGGGCCACCGCUGCUGCCCGCCGACCCGCUCGCCCGCUCCGCCGCGCGCUUCUGGGCCCAGUUCGUCGCCGACAGGCUCUCCAGGACGAUGUUCAAGGCGCUGUGGGCGGAGGACGGGGAGGCGCGGGACAGGUUCGUGGCGGAGACCAAGGAGAACCUGGCGCUGCUGGAGGCGCGGCUGCAGGGGAGGAGAUUCUUCGGGGGUGACGCCGUCGGGUACCUCGAUAUCGCCGCCAGCGCGCUCGCCGCCUGGUUGCCGGUGAUGGAGGAGAUGGCCGGAGCGGAGAGGAGCACGCUGAUGGGCGAGGAGGAGUUCCCCACACUGUGCCGGUGGCGCAGGGAGUACAUCUCCGACGAGGCCGUGAGCGCGUGCCUGCCGAGUAAGGAGCAGCUCGUCGCCUACUACGCGCCCAAGAAGGACGGCUUCGCCGGCAGAGGCAAGUCGCUGCAGAAGUAACAAGGCAAAGAGAAGUUGUGGUAGCUACUAGGCUUGGCUUGUACUGCACUUAUGUUCCCGUGCUCUUCCCCUGAAUCUUUUUUGGCAUCAAACGUCAAUAAUGGUCGAGAUUUUUCCAUAGUUGGGGUACGAUUGUAAUUUCAC